AUCGAUAAAGUAGCCUGGGAUCCUGUAGGAAUGGACAUCUGGGAGAGUGGAUCAAAAGAUAAUCCCAAACUGUCCCUCUAUGUCGUGAACAGGCAACCUGACAGAAUAGGGAUUGAGGUAUUUGACUUUUCAUACAAGAACAAGGUUCCUACCUUAACACAUCAAAGAAGAAUACAUCACAAGAACAUUUGGAGUCCCAAUGAUGUUGUUUUGGUGGAUGAAAAUCGUUUCUACACAACAAAUGAUGCAUAUCUUCCCCCACCUAUCGACAUUCUAGAGGUCAUAUUUCAGCUUAGCUACGGCAGUGUGGCAUACUAUGACGGACGUGAUGCCAGGAUCGUUGCCAAAGGACUGAAGCUUGCUAAUGGUGUAAACCUCUCUCCUAACAAAAAGUAAACCAAUCCACCACUUGGUGUCAUAUAUCUUUGAUAUUAAAUAUAAGCCUGUGGUUAAGAUCUUUUAGAAAUAUCAGACAAACUGG